GCUCCCCGGCGGACUCCAAUUGGCGGUAGAGGAAAGGAAGCCUAAGGAAGCCGGGAACCCGGAAGUACUUCUCAGCAGAGGCCUGGGCGACUCUUUUGAAUGGAAUCGGGCUGAUUCAUCGCCGGUUCUCCGAGCCAGGUCCUUGUUGAGUGUGAGGCGCUGCCCUCGCCGCCGCGUCGCCACAAGGCCAGGAGAGAGAGGAAAGAAAACUACUUGUGAAAAAUUGUAUCUGCCAGAAUUAGCAAGAAUUGGAGUUAAUAAGAAAUUUGUCAGAUUCAACAAAUUGAAGUUUAACACCAUAAGAAUUACAGUUACCGAACAGAAAUAUGGACAGACUUCUUAGACUUGGAGGAGGUAUGCCUGGACUGGGCCAGGGUCCACCUACAGAUGCUCCUGCCGUGGACACAGCAGAACAAGUUUAUAUCUCUUCCUUGGCGUUGCUAAAGAUGUUAAAACAUGGCCGUGCUGGGGUUCCUAUGGAAGUUAUGGGUCUAAUGCUUGGUGAAUUUGUUGAUGAUUACACCGUCAGAGUGAUUGAUGUGUUUGCUAUGCCACAGUCAGGAACUGGUGUCAGUGUAGAAGCAGUUGAUCCAGUGUUCCAAGCCAAAAUGUUGGAUAUGCUGAAACAAACAGGAAGGCCCGAGAUGGUUGUUGGUUGGUAUCACAGUCACCCUGGCUUUGGCUGUUGGCUUUCUGGUGUGGAUAUCAACACUCAGCAGAGCUUUGAAGCCUUGUCGGAGAGAGCCGUGGCAGUGGUUGUGGAUCCCAUUCAGAGCGUAAAAGGAAAGGUUGUUAUUGAUGCCUUCAGACUGAUCAAUGCUAAUAUGAUGGUCUUAGGACACGAACCAAGACAAACAACAUCAAAUCUGGGCCACUUAAACAAGCCAUCUAUCCAGGCAUUAAUUCACGGAUUAAACAGACAUUAUUACUCCAUCACUAUUAAUUAUCGGAAAAAUGAACUGGAACAGAAGAUGCUGUUAAAUUUGCAUAAGAAGAGUUGGAUGGAAGGAUUGACACUUCAGGACUACAGUGAACACUGUAAACACAAUGAAUCGGUGGUAAAAGAGAUGUUGGAAUUAGCCAAGAAUUAUAAUAAGGCGGUAGAAGAAGAAGAUAAGAUGACACCUGAACAGCUGGCAAUAAAAAAUGUUGGCAAGCAGGAUCCCAAGCGUCAUUUGGAAGAACAUGUGGAUGUGCUCAUGACUUCAAAUAUUGUCCAGUGUUUGGCAGCAAUGUUGGAUACCGUUGUAUUUAAAUAAAGGACGUAGAGAGCUCUCAGUGCCACUCUGAGUGUGUCGUCCUCCCUUGUUCCUAAUGCUUACAGUCAAGGGAACUGAAGGUGAUCUGGUGACAUGUGGGACACCUGUGCCACCUCCAUCUCAGUUGUGCACUUGCUUCUGUUUAUUUUGUCCGGGUUUUGCAGAUUUCAAAGUUGUUCAGGAAUACAUCAAAGUGAACAAAUUUUGUUAAGAUCCCAUUUACUAUUUGAAAAAAAUCAGUAGCACAAAUAUAUUUUGAUUGUUGCUUACAAAAUAAAAUACAUUUACAAUCCA